UUUUCCAAGAAUAAUUAAAAAAUUAUUAUUUUCAUUAAUUAAUAUAAAAUACACUUCAAAAACAUACGGUAAGUCCGCUAUUGUGGUCGUUGUUAUUGCUGAAUAUUCCUACUGUGCUCUUUCUCCUCUCCCUGCUGUGAAAUUUCAUCUUCUCGUGGCAAUAACAACCCCAAGGAUAUCUUCUUUUCAGCGUUGUCGUUGUUGGUGAUUGGAAGGAGUAGUGGAAUAGUAGUUUCUGUGUUAUGGUUGGGGAAACAUGGACAGACAGUCGCUUGCCACUGCCUCUUCUUCUUCUUCUUCUUCUGCUUGUUCCAGCAGUAGCAACAACAACACCAGAAGGAGAUCAGAUUUCCUUAGCAUGAUCAAGAGCGCCGCGUGUCUUAUUUCAUCGUCGUCAGAUACUGGGAAAGGGAGAAGCAAGACAUCAAGUAACAAAGUGGCUCAUGGGUUCCAUUUGGUGGAAGGGAAAGCAGGCCAUGACAUGGAGGACUAUCAUGUUGCUGAGUAUAGGUUUGAGAAGAAUCACGAACUUGGGUUGUUCGCCAUUUUCGAUGGGCAUCUGGGAGACAGCGUGCCCACUUACUUGAAAGGCAACCUUUUCAACAACAUACUCAAGGAGCCAAUUUUCUGGGAUGAACCUGAAACAGCAAUAAGAAAUGCUUACCGGUCCACAGACAAAAUGAUCCUCGAUAAUUCGACGUCGUUGGGACCCGGUGGCUCUACUGCAGUUACUGCCAUUGUUAUUGAUGGUAAGGACUUGUGGAUAGCAAACGUAGGCGAUUCCAGAGCUGUCUUGUGUGAACGGGGCUCUGCUAAUCAGCUCACUGUCGACCAUGAACCACACACCGAGCGGAGAAGGAUUGAAAAACAGGGUGGUUUUGUGAUUACUCUUCCAGGAGACGUGCCCCGUGUUAAUGGCCAACUUGCAGUUGCACGAGCAUUUGGCGAUCAAAGCCUCAAGGCACAUCUGAGUUCAGAGCCUGAUGUGAGACAUGUCCCCAUAUCCUCAGCAACAGAGUUUGUUAUAUUGGCCAGUGAUGGCCUGUGGAAGGUCAUAACAAACCAAGAGGCAGUCGAUUUGGUGAAACCCAUCAAAGACCCACAAGCGGCAGCCAAGCGUCUGACCACAGAGGCGUUGGCAAGAAAGAGCAAAGACGACAUCUCGUGCAUCGUCAUUCGUUUCCGAUGUUGAAAGCACGAGCAAGCAUGUUAUGCUGCCUCUCGUCCUCUACACAUUUCACACAGCAAUCAGUCGAUGAAUCACUACUACUCUUCAAUUCACCUUUUGUGGCCUAGCUUGUGUAUGUUUGUAUUUAUGUAUGCAUGUAUGAGUUGAAUGAGUUUUGAGGCCCACAGAAGCAAAACAGACCGACUUGUCCUCACUUGUUUAAUCCACAAUGACUGUGCUGGCAAUGGUGUGUACCAAAUUUCAUUUGCAAUUAUGUUUGUGGAAGAUUCAUAUA